CGUGGACAGCCAGGGAACUUCUGUACUGCGUAUGCAAUUCGGCCGUGUUCUAGAAGAGACUGGGUGACUGACUCGUACUCGGUCGGUCAGUGUUCCUGCUGAGCGGACUGGGGAUCGGGAGCAAGGCAUGGUUCUCCGCGAGGCACGGUGGCGUGGCCUUACUCCGCGCCGUCGUGGUUCUGGAGUAUCCCGACGCGGGGUUGGGUCGGUGUGAUGUAUCGCAGUUGACCAGACAUGACAUGGACGUGAAGUUGGAGCAGCAUGGGGCAGCCCAGAUUUUUUGCAGGGGCAGAUCCCGUGGUUGCAUCAUGAACCAACAACCACGUAGCUCGACUGGAGUGGAGCUGCUCUCUCGUACAGGAUUUGAAGCAGCACUUAUUUUCCAAGUGUUCAUUCGUUCAUCGCAAUUGAUCUCUGCUUUAAGGUACACUCCAGUUCAGCAGCUCUAACAGAAGUAUCUACGGAAAUCCAAAAGCGAGACAUGUCCUGAUGAUAAUGAUGGGGUGUGCCUCGGGAGUGUUAAAGUGGACGGGGAAACGAGCUCCAAACGAGUCGUUUCAUGUGAUUGAAACGCACCGCCUGAAGGGAUGGACCGAAAGCCUGAGUUGCUUUUGUUCGGAACAUUUCUGGCAAGCAUUGUGCUGGUGGAUUCUCUUCCUUCAUAUCUAUGACAUGAUUUCUGAGCAUGUGGUUGUGAUAGUGA